CAACGCCUGUCAUCACAUAACAUCUGGGACACAGUAGCUGAAUUGAACUGCUUUCCUCUCCACAUCUAUACUGUAUAUGUGAGAAAUAUAUACGAGAGAUAUAAUAUGCAGCUUCUAGCUCUUAUGGCAACCAUCACUUUUGUUGUUAAAAGAUCUCACGAAGCCUUCCUAGCCCUUGUGAUCAUGGAACUUGUCAUUACCUUUUUAUUCUAUUUACUCUAUCUGCUGAAGUUGGAGGAACAGUUAAAAUUCAUGUUUUGGCCAUUGGCUGAUGCUUUCAAUUCCUUGGUGGCAGCACUAUUUCUCAUCAUUGUGGGCCUGUGUGCAACAAUAAUAAAGACCAACGACGCAACAUUAAUUGGAGGUGUAUUCUGUUUGAUACUUUGCAUUCUUUGUAUAAUAGAUGCUACUUUGAUCCUGAGAAAAGUUACUUUUAAUAGGUCAUAGUAGGAAGGUAUCCAAAAAAUAAAAUGGCCGACGGAGCCAAAUAAACUAUAUAAAACAGCCAUUCCUAAUGUAACAUUAUACAAAUAUGUUGGACUAGAGCUCCCAUCAUCCACAACCAAUGCAUAAAGCACUUUAUUGUGUGCAGCUGGGACAAAAUACCAGCAGGUCAUCGGACUGGGAGAGCUGUUAUUAUCCAUUUUAAAAGCCUGCUUUGCUAUAGGCUCUUUGUCACACUUUCUCUGUAUUUCCUAAAUGCUUUCGACUCCAGUUGAGUCAGUCAAGCUUUAUUAAAUCCUAUUGAUUUCAAAAGGCGAAACUGAGCACACGUUUGAACCCUAUCAAAUUAGCUGUGAUUUAAAAUGCUUUACUUGAAGGGGAUUUUGUGCCUUUAGUUUAAUGGCACCUAGCAUUUGACUACUGUGUACUUUAUCAAAUUAGUUCAUUUAUUUCAGCAGUAUAAGCAACCGUUCCUAAAAAAAAAUACCUUGUGUCUUAUAAAACAGCUGUUUUUAACCAUAUAACAUUAGAAAAUGAUUAUGGGGUAUAUCUUCUUGAACUGGUUUGUAUUAAAUCUUCACGUUUUUAAUUAAAAGGUUUACCUGC